CUGUCACCGUGACUGUAAGGAUCACAUGAUCACAGUUCUUUCCGCUGCUUCCUGGCUGGUCACCUGACUGAGUUCCUGUCACAUGACUCUGCCGUGCCAGUCAGCUGUGUGCUUGCUGCAGAGAGAGGUCACCGUAUAUACAGUGCAGGGAGCUGGGAUUCCGCUGGGAUCUCUCCGGUCCUAGUUCCGGGACGCAGCCCGUGGAUAGGCAUUUUAUUGCCAGAAUCUUGUGUCUUCCACUUGUUGCUGCUAGAGGAACACGGAGGAGAAGAUGGACAUACGAGGUGCUGUUGAUGCUGCUGUCCCUACAAACAUUAUUGCAGCCAAGGCUGCGGAGGUUCGUGCUAACAAAGUGAACUGGCAGUCAUAUCUCCAGGGUCAGAUGAUUUCCGGAGAGGACUGUGAAUUUAUCUUAAGGUUUGAAAAAUCCAAUUCUGAGGAGAAGAAAGCUAUACUAACCAAUGAAGGCAAUACGUGUGCUAAAACCUUCAUUAACCUGAUGACUCACAUUUCAAAGGAGCAAACCGUACAGUACAUUUUAACAAUGGUGGAUGACAUGCUUCAGGAGAAUCAUCAGCGUGUUAGCAUAUUUUUUGAUUAUGCUCGCCGUGGGAAGAAUACUGCAUGGUCCUACUUUUUACCAAUGUUAAAUCGUCAGGAUCUGUUCACUGUGCACAUGGCCGCGCGGAUAAUUGCUAAAUUGGCUGCCUGGGGGAGAGAAUUGAUGGAAGGCAGUGAUUUGAAUUACUACUUCAACUGGAUUAAAACUCAGCUGAGCUCCCAGAAAUUACGAAUGAGUGGAAGCGCUAUGGAAACAGGAACCGUAUCUCCAAGUGAUAGUUCCCAGUAUGUACAAUGUGUCGCUGGAUGCCUUCAGCUGAUGCUUAGGGUUAAUGAGUAUCGCUUCGCGUGGGUGGAAACAGAUGGUGUCAACUGCAUUAUGUCUGUAUUAAGUAACAAAUGUGGAUUCCAACUCCAAUAUCAAAUGAUCUUCUCAAUCUGGCUGCUUGCAUUCAGCCCACAAAUGUGUGAAUACCUGCGACGAUACAACAUUGUGCCAGUAUUGUCCGACAUUCUUCAGGAGUCUGUCAAAGAGAAAGUGACGAGGAUUAUCCUAGCAGCUUUCAAGAAUCUACUGGAAAAAUCAACUGAGAGAGAAACCAGACAGGAGUAUGCCCUGGCCAUGAUCCAAUGCAAAGUCCUUAAACAGCUGGAAAACCUGGAGCAGCAGAAAUAUGAUGAUGAGGAUAUAGUUGACGAUAUCAAAUUCCUAUUAGAAAAACUAGGAGAAAGUGUACAAGAUUUGAGUUCAUUUGAUGAGUACAGCUCUGAACUGAAGUCGGGAAGGUUGGAAUGGAGCCCAGUCCAUAAAUCAGAAAAGUUCUGGAGAGAGAAUGCUGCGAGAUUAAAUGAGAAGAACUACGAGCUCUUGAAAAUCUUAACAAAGCUUCUAGAAGUCUCUGAUGACCCACAAGUUCUCGCUGUAGCUGCCCAUGACGUAGGGGAGUAUGUACGGCAUUACCCCAGAGGAAAGAGGGUGAUUGAGCAAUUGGGUGGGAAGCAGCUGGUAAUGAACCACAUGCAUCAUGAAGACCAACAGGUCCGCUACAAUGCUUUGCUGGCAGUGCAGAAAUUGAUGGUUCACAAUUGGGAAUAUCUCGGGAAGCAGUUGCAGUCAGAACAACCUCCAGCAGUCACUGCAAGAAGUUAAAUAUGUCUAGAACUGGCUAUCAACUGCACCAUUUGCUUCUGUAUCUCCCAUUCUUUAUUAUCUUGUGUUUUUGUUAACAGUAGCCGUCGUUUGUGUGUUUUGUACUUUGUUUUCCCAUUAACAUCCGUCUUCUAGUUAAGAAUAAAUGUGAAACUGUUCUAGUGUGUUAAAAUCACUAUUACAUGUGGUGGUCGGAGGCGAUACAGUACAUGACUUUUCCAGGUUAAGGUACACUAUUUAAGAGGAGAGAUCAGCACAUAUCCUCUGUAAUUUAUUGAUUUGUGAAAAUGACAAAUUAAACAUUCCAAAAAAAUA